AUUUCUCUAAAUUUUGAAAACGUUGUCGACCAGUCCAAGUCAUCGAUGUAUCGAUUGCAUACCGAUUAUGCCGUCCCCAUUGCGCGGCCAUUUCUUAAAUGUAAGCUCACGUUACUUAAAUUCCCCGCUACAGUUUCAUUCAAUUGUCAAAACUUUUCUUUUGCUUACAACAUGUCUUACGCGUAUUUUGAUAAUGUUUUGCGAGAGGUUCGAGUCUUGCUGACUGAUACCCCGGCAUCUCUUAUCCGGGUUCUCAGGGCCUAUAAGAAGAAAUAUGGAGUUCUGUUGCCGCAUCGCAGGCUGGGCUUUUCGACCCCAGAGGAGUUUCUCCGCACAUCGGGCGAAUUUAACAUGUUUAAGCGCGGCAAUGAGGUCUUUAUCAGCGCAAAACCCGACGAUGCCAACGUCCCUUCUAUGAGAAGCAGAGCCGAACGGAUCCAGGAGCUCAUGCGUCGUCAGGCUAUGAUCACAAUUGUGACCAGGCGAAGACCCGGACGCCGUCGUGGGUGAUCUGCGAAGGUUGUUGUAAAGGUGGGGAUACACAAUCUGAAGAGGAUCCCGUGCAUGACGAUCUCUUAGCUGCCAUGAUUUAAU